CCGCCUCGACCGUUGUCCCCCCUUUUCGAUUAUUCCGACGCCUAAAUUUCACCUCAAAGUCUCUAUCCAUGUGCAACCUUGAGACGGAGGGCACCAAGUACGGUUGCGGACAUUAUGUCAAGACGCGGGAUGUAAGGAAACUCGACUGUGGACGUUCUACCUGCACAUUGUCCGCUAGGCAUCCCGUUAACUGCAAGUCCCCCGAGUGCAAUCUCUAUUACGGUCCCGACCGUAAAGAAACUAUCACAUACACCACCGAAGAAUACUGUCCUCCAUGCCACUAUUGGUUCAAGACCAAACGAGGUCUACGCUGAUCUUGCCGACUACCUUUAUUCUUGACCGCUCGCCGGUCGACUGCGGUCCGCAAUGCUGUUCAAUCUUCGAAUUCGUGUUCGCCAAUAACCUCAUCAACCUUAUUGUAUCCGCCACCUACUUUGCCAGUAAUCAUCCUGCAUGAUUUAAUCCAUACAAAUGAACGGCUCACUGUAUUAUCUGUUUCCUUGCUAUCCUAGUUACUCUAUCUAUCUUGCAGUACUGCAACUGCUUAAAUUUUACACCUGUGUAUAGUUGUCGUGUAACCUAAAUUACACACCGAUUGAAUACCAUUAAACUGUACUUA